AUGAAUCUGAAACUUUUCCUGUGCAGAAACAAGAGCACUAACUUUGAGAAAAGGUUACAUCCUCAUUAUACAGAGAGUAAAAGGGCUGGAGUGACUUUUGAAGGGCACCAUGAAAUACCAACAACAGUUUCUGAAGUGUAUUGGCUAUUUAUCACCAGCAUUUCCCUUUUUUUCUGGCAGUUGUGGUCGUCUCUUGGUGACACAUUGAAACGACAGUAAGAUUGCCAAACUCUUCUUUUGGUUUAUUGUUCCAUCUCACAGCACCAUCUUCAUCAUUCUGCUUUAAAAAGAUUCCUUAUGUUGAAAUAAAGUUUAACAGAGUAGUUGUGAGAAAAAUUAAAACAUGUUAAAAAAUGUAAAUGUUGUAAAUGAAGUUGAAAUUUGAAGUUUAAAAAGUUACGAGUCUGAAAUAAAGCUAAAUUUGUAGGACAAUGUCCAUGUUUACAAAGUUAAUGGUUUGACAAAAGUUUAAAAUAGUUGACGAAAAAGUCAAAAUUUUGCAUUUUUUUUUAAGGAAUUAAGAAAAGCUUUUUUGGAAAAAGUUUUUAAAGAAAUCAAAACUUGGGUCAAAAGUUGGAAUCAUGAAAAUCAGCUUAAACAUUGACAAAAAUCAAAACAUUGAAAAUAAAGUUGUGGUUUAAAGUAAAAAGUUAAAAUUCUCUGUAGUUGCUCCAUUUUUGUGGAAAAAAUAGUUACAAUUUUGAGGAAAAAGUCAAAAUACCAAAGUGCUGAAAAAAAAAAAUUCAAACAUAAAAUUGAAAUCAUAACAAAAUAGUCCAAUUUAGAGUAAAUAAGGGUAAAGAUGCAGACAAGGAAGUGACAAAGUAAAGAGAAUAAAGGUGAAGUUAAGAGAAAUUGGUCAAAAUGCUUCACCGUUCUGUUUUUAAACACAGGACUUAAGUUCAUCUUAUUUGUCAACUUAAUAGCAUGACAUAACUCAUUAUGGAAAACACAAAGAAUAAUAAAACAGGUAAUCAAGGGACAGUAAAGAUGUGACCUUUACUGUUUUUCAUGAUAAAACACUACAGGGGGCAAUGAUAGAUUUUUUUAAAGCCAACAGGCCUGACACCUUAAAACUGCAGGAUCAGGCUAUCCCCACGUUCAUGACAUGUAUCCUGACAUUUCUGAGCUCCAAAAGCAUAAAAUAAAACAAUGACUGCCAAGAGAAUCGUGAAAGUAUUCACCCCAUCCUCCAAUGAAGACCUUACAUUAUAAUUCAAUAUUACAGUAACAAGUGUGAAAGCUCUGGAAAACACACAGGGAUAGACAUUUAAUUAAGAUAGUUGUGCUGGAAGGAUUAGAUUUCUGCAGCACACAGUCUGCAGUUCUCAGUAUAACCUCUGUUGCAGGUCUGUAUGAAAUGGUGUAAUAACACAGAGCCAUUACAGUCAGUUAAUUGGAACAGAACGCCAUAAUGGACAAGCUCUGUCUUUAAGCACUAAGGCAAUUUGCUCAGCAUUUGAUGUACAAGUCAGGUAUAAGGCACAAUUUUGUUUAAUCAUGAUGUCAUUUAGCAUUUACAUACACUGAUUUAUAAAAAAAAAAUAAAGUAUAUCCCCAGUCUGCUUUGUUUGCCAUUCCUGCAGAAGCUUAUGGAAAAAUGUACCCAGUAAAGGACAGUGUACAAAGGAAGCCUUGGAGACCAGAGUUCAUUUUGUCAACAAAAGAAUUUGCAACGUAAAUGGUAAGCAAGCUGAAAAUGAAAAACACAAUAAUCCUGCAAAAUUAAGCUUAAUGUGAAGCCUGAAUGUAUUUUAAAAAGAAUACACACAAGAAAUGAAGAUUCAACACAACUUUUAAAGAGCAAAUAAAGAAAAGAGCAAUUCAGACCCUAAUCAUUUCUUGUACCAAGCUGUGAAAGUGUUCAACUUUGGUGGAAUCACAGCUGUUUUAACAUGAGACCUGAUGGGGAUUCCUUGGUUUGUAGACUUGGCCUCCAGUGGACAUUCAUCAACUUCAGCUUUUUGCACCAGUGCAUCGGCCUUACUUUACAACACUGGAAGAUGCUGUUAGGGUGUUAAAAAGCAUCUAAUUGUAAGUCACUGCUGAGUUGCUGCAGUUACGCAUAAGUUCAAACAUAGCCUGGUUUAUACAUGAUUUGAGACUUUAGUUCACACUGUGGUAUUUUAAAGGUCACACUAGCUAAGAUAAGUAACAACACAAUUUCCCACAAAGCUCAGAGUGACAGAGUUUUCAGUGGACUGUGAAAAACAUUGGCAUCAAUUUGAAUGCCUCUUUAAGACCUGCAAAAGCAAACAAGAUGGCCAGCAUAAAGAUCAAGUAUUCCUAUACAAUUACUGUCAAUGCAUGAAGGUGCUGGAGGAAGAAGUGACUGGUUGCACUAUAUAGACACUUCCUUUCAGUUAGUUGCUGCAGUAAAGAUUCUCCAGGAGGGACACAUUUGGCUGCUAAAAGCAAUAGGAUGAGAUUUUUUCUAAAACACCACUUACACAUAUGCAGGACAAAAUUAAAGUAGCACAUUUUGAGGCUGCAGGUUCAGCAUUUUAGGGACUACAAUUCCAAGACACUGUCUGCAACAGUACCAGCUAACAUUGGGUAAAGACUGCACUGAACUGCUCUGAAACAAUACAGACCAAGAACCCUGUGAUUGGUCUGCUUGAUGUAAACAUUUCCAGUGUUGCCCUCAUCCCUUAUCCUCCUCCUCAGCUUUGAUUCAAACAUGGAUUCUGUUGCCAUGGUUUCUCAUGCAGAAACAAGGAGGAGUUACGAUGGGAUUGGAGCACAGACAUUGCGUUGUUGACCAGUGUUUGGUGGAUUGAUGCAGAUCGAUGCAGAUCCCCCUGCAGAAGUACAUGCAGGCAUAAACCAGACUUAACCCUGACCCUUACUCUUACAACACACAGGCUCUAAAGACGAGGUAACAGAAUUGCAGCCCUGACACGACAACCUCCAGCUCUGAUGACUCAUACAGACGAGAUCAGCAAGGAAGUGAAACAUAGUCUUUGUCCUGUGGGGGCGCCAAAAUCAAGACGAACCAAAAGUUCCUCACAGUAGCUUUAAAUCAGACUGCUUAUUUUCCAGAUGAAUGAAAAAAUAUUUACUAUCAAACAGCUGGGGUGCAGUUCAUCUGUUCAUCUAUAAAAAUGUGAAACAAGCCAGGCCUUUUGUUCACACACCUUCACCUCCUCUGUUUGAGGGUAUCGCCUCCUUUCCCUUUGUUUGUGUGAGUGUGUGGGUGUGCGUCCUCUGGCGACUGACCGUCUGGUCCCUAUUCAUUUCCGGCAGUCUGACAGCCAAUAACUCUCCUCCUUAACUCUGCUUGUCAGAAGCCUGGCAGGCUUGAGAGAGAGAGAGAGAGAGUUGUGAAUGGGUCCACAGGGUUUGACGUCAGCCUCUUUUCUCUGGUCGAUUAUGUGUGUAUGUGUGUCUGUGUUUGUGUGUGUUUGUGCAUGUGCAGAUAGGUGUUAUGCAUCAAUUUUUGCCCUUUUGGGAAAUUCGAGACUGUGGCUGAGUGUCUGUGGGGCGUUUAUAGCGCACCAGGGAUACGUGUGCAUGUAUCAUCGCCAAAUUUAUCCUUUUUCCUUGAAAUGAUGAAAACAAUAAAAUCCGUCUCUUCCCAAAACCAAACACUUGCAGCUUUUAAAUCACCCUGCAAGGUUUGCACACAUCUACGGGAAUUUAAAAGUGUGUUUCUGAUGAGGAAAGAGAGUUAGAGAGAGAGAGAGAGAGAGAUAGAUAAAGAGAGAGAGAGAGGACAGGAUGAAAGGAAGAGUACAAAGAGCAUGACAUUUAUAAAGCCUUGGCUCAGGGUGCAAACCAUUAAAACACAACAGGGUGCUUAUUUUGAAGUCCUAAAAUAAUUAAUGUAAUGUUGCUCAUAAUCCUCUUUUAUGUGGUGUUUCCCAUUAGGAUGAAAAGAAAAGGUCUGCAGCAGGUAACGGUGAAUAUUGUCUGUCCACGGCAGCAUGAGUCACUGGGUUUGCUGACGCUCUGUGAGGAGAGUGCAGCAUUGACAAUCAGGCCAAUUUGGCUGUUUAUGAAAUCAAAAUUACAACGACAGGACCCCUUCCACGUACUGGACAUUAAAAACAGGAAUUAGGUCAGGCUUGAGGCAUUUUUAAACAGACAGAAUGUGUUAUACAUGAAACAUGUAUCAUUAAACACAAUAUCACAUCUCUUUUACAUCAUUAAAUUUAACAUCACCAUUUUUCAGCUUGAAAUAAAUGAUAAUAAAGCUGUAAUGUUCACUGAUGAAUUUGAAAAACUCCAGCUCAUUGGCGUAAAAUGUAGGUCUGUUUUUUUAUACAUCUAAAUGACAACCUCCAGUGCUGCAAGAUGAAGCCAAUCAAGAAACUGCAGUUCCCCAAGUGUCCACUUGAGGCUCUAAAAGCCAAGCAAACCCUAUUAAGUCCAAUAUUAAAAUGCCCAUAUUCACAACAGUUUGGUAAAAAAAAACGUUUCUGUUGAUGAAGCUUAUUUAUUUAUUUGUGUACAUUAUGCGGCAGGUGAAUCCCCUAAUGACCUCUCUGCUGAGUAAAUAAAAAGCAGGAUUUACAUUCAUUUGUAUAAUAAAGAGAAACGCUGAGCUGACAGAAACGUGGGCAUGUAACUUUUUCCUUUGCUAGAAGACUAGAAGCCCAUGCCAGCUUUACCUCUUUCCAUAUUUUUGUGUCACAGUGGAGCGGCUCAGCCUCCCCUUGAGAUCCAACUGGCCAACCUAG